UAUUUGAAGAACAGGAAACAAACCUUUCAACAGCGUAAAGAAACGUGAAAAUUGUGAACGCUGCCAAAACAUCAGAUUACGUAUACAUCGGCAGAUAACAGAUAUAGAAACAGCAACGAAAAGUAGUUUUCAAGUGAAGUAAUAGUGCUGCUGAGAAACAAUUUGUUUGGCUAGCCUGGGUGCGAGGCAAGGGUUGUGUUUGAAUCUCCGACUCGAGGGAGGCGCCCUCCUUUUAGCUUGUGCAUGUUGAACAUUUUAUCUUUUUAACUUUUACACCUUUUGGGGAAUCUGCUUGAAGAUGGGGUGUACUCUGAGCACGGGUGAUAAGGCGGCGCAGGAGCGCAGUAAAAUCAUCGACAGGAAUUUACGGGACGACGGGGAAAAGGCAGCACGGGAAGUCAAGCUGCUUCUUCUCGGUGCUGGGGAGUCAGGGAAGAGUACCAUUGUCAAACAGAUGAAGAUCAUCCAUGAGGCGGGCUAUUCAGAGGAGGAGUGUAAGCAGUACAAGGCAGUGGUGUACAGCAACACCAUCCAGUCCAUCAUCGCCAUCAUCAGAGCCAUGGGGCGCCUCAAGAUAGACUUCGCUGAAGCAGCCAGAGCGGAUGAUGCUCGUCAGCUGUUUGUGCUGGCGGGAUCGGCAGAGGAGGGCUUCAUGACCGGUGAGCUGGCCGGAGUCAUCCAGCGCCUCUGGAAGGACGGUGGGGUCCAGGCCUGCUUCGGCCGCUCGCGAGAGUACCAGCUCAAUGACUCCGCUGCCUAUUAUCUGAAUGACCUGGACAGGAUAGCCCACGGAGCGUACGUGCCCACCCAGCAAGACGUGCUGAGGACCAGGGUGAAGACCACCGGCAUCGUGGAGACUCAUUUCACCUUCAAAGACCUCCACUUCAAAAUGUUUGAUGUGGGGGGUCAGAGGUCCGAGAGGAAGAAGUGGAUACACUGCUUUGAGGGAGUCACCGCCAUAAUCUUCUGUGUGGCGCUCAGUGACUACGACCUUGUGCUGGCUGAGGAUGAGGAGAUGAACCGGAUGCAUGAGAGCAUGAAGCUAUUUGACUCAAUCUGCAACAACAAGUGGUUCACAGACACCUCCAUCAUCCUCUUCCUCAACAAGAAGGAUCUGUUUGAGGAGAAGAUCCAAAAGAGUCCUCUCACUAUCUGUUACCCGGAGUACGCAGGCUCCAACACAUACGAGGAGGCAGCAGCCUACAUCCAGUGUCAGUUUGAGGACCUGAACAAGAGGAAGGACACCAAGGAGAUCUACACCCACUUCACUUGCGCCACCGAUACCAAGAAUGUGCAGUUUGUCUUCGACGCAGUCACCGAUGUCAUCAUCAAGAACAACCUGAAGGACUGUGGCCUCUUCUAGGGCAGUGUGGUGGCCAGCGUGUGUUCAGUGACCAUUUUCUUUGGGAUGUCUGUGGCUGGAGGGGGUUGGAUCAUGGACACUUUGUAGAGAACUUCACUUUUAACCUCUUAACUUUAAACUCAGUUUUUAAAAUGCCAUGUAGAAAAAUGUUUGUGUAAAAUAUUUGUACAACUGUCUAUGGCUGGAGAUUUUCACUGUUUUUAAGAUGUUUUUGUUUUAACCGGUCAAGUUAUUUAAAGGAUGGAGGGGGACUUUUCAUUUGUUUCUUCUAGGGAAGGUAUGGACACAUUUUUCUGUUAGGUACUUGUGCCUUUGCAUGCCUUAGUUCCAGUGUUUAGUUUUUUGGGGUAGAUGGUUUUUUUG